AUGAAAUUCGCUUUAUCAAAUGCUCCACUAGAAAGUUCAACUGCUACUUCGCACGACGGAAGUAGACGAAGGCCUCCUCCUGCCGGACGUGUCUGCCUUCACGCACUACAAAAUGGGUGGUCUGGCAGCAGAUACAAGGAAGAAGCAGAAGCACAAUAUCCAACACCAAUUGCAACAUUUACUGCAGCAGGAAACCCAGUUUCGGAUGUAGCAGGAAACCCAACUUCACCUACAACAGGACACUCACCAACUUUGGCUGCAACAGGACACUCACCAGGGAAUCCAACUUCGGCUGCAACAGCAACUUCAGCUACAACAGGACACUCACCAGGGAAUCCAACUUCGGCUGCAACAGCAACUUCAGCUACAGCAGGAAGCUCAGAGUCGACCCAAACACCAUCACCAACCACCUCAGCUGCAGUCACAAGAUUGUUUGUCACCGACCUAUCCACAAACGGAGAUUUCGACUCUCAAAAUCGAACAUGUCACCUUGAAAACGGGGAGCCAGCCGUGCUGACGACGCAGGAAAUGGUGGAUCAGCUGCUGCAGCUGUUCAGUGAUC